UAUCUGCAGUUAAUCUCAGAUUAUGUGAUAUUUGUCUGUGUUUGGUCCAACAGAUCUGGAGUGUGCGGAUGUUCCGUUAUUGACUCCAGGAAGUAAAGAAAUGAUGUCACAGGCUCUUUUGGCCACAUUCAGCGGCUUCACCAGGGAGCAACAGCGGCUCUCCAUCCCAAAAGACCCCCGUCAGUGGACAGAGGCCCAUGUUAGAGAAUGGUUGACCUGGACAGUAAAUGAGUUCAGUCUGAAGAAUGUGGACUUUCAUAAGUUCAGCAUGGACGGGGCCAAUCUCUGCGCACUGGGCAAAGAGCGAUUCCUGGAUCUGGCACCAGACUUCGUGGGCGACAUCCUCUGGGAGCAUUUAGAGAUGCUGCAGAAAGAAGACCUGAAGCAUUUCCCUGUCAACGGUCUGACCUCCAGUUUCCAGGAAUCCCGCUACCCCUCCGACUACUUCUUCAACUAUGGCAUUGAACAUCCUCAGUGUGUCCCUCCGUCAGAAUACUCCGAGCCGAGCUUCAUCACCGAGUCCUACCAGACCCUCCACCCGAUCAGCUCAGAAGACCUGCUGUCGCUCAAAUACGAGAGCGAGUAUCCCAACGUUAUACUGCGAGACACGCCUCUCAAUCCACUGCAGGGAGACUACUUCUCAGUCAAACAAGAAGUUGUGUCACCCGACAACAUGUGUGUGGGACGCAUUAGCAGAGGUAAGCUGGGAGGUCAAGAUUCGUUUGAGAGCAUUGACAGUUUCGAGAGCUGCGACAGACUGACGCAGUCCUGGAGUAGUCAGUCGUCAUUCAACAGCCUACAGAGAGUUCCCUCCUACGACAGCUUCGACUCGGAGGACUAUCCCACCGCACUGCACGGACACAAACCAAAGGGUACCUUCAAAGACUACGUACGAGAGCGCUCGGAACUCAGCAAGGACAAACCGGUCAUCCCGGCGGCUGCGCUCGCUGACACAGGCAGCGGACCCAUCCAACUCUGGCAGUUUCUGUUGGAGCUCUUGACAGACAAAUCCUGCCAGUCCUUCAUCAGCUGGACUGGAGACGGCUGGGAGUUCAAGCUGUCCGACCCUGAUGAGGUGGCACGCAGAUGGGGCAAGAGGAAAAACAAGCCCAAGAUGAACUACGAGAAGUUGAGUCGCGGUUUGCGCUACUACUACGACAAAAACAUCAUCCACAAGACGUCCGGCAAGCGCUACGUCUACCGCUUUGUGUGUGACUUGAAAAGCCUGCUGGGAUACACUCCCGAAGAGCUGCACACCAUGUUAGACGUCAAGCCCGACACGGAUGAGUAAACUUCGGACUUUGGAAAUAAUAAAAUAAAAAAGUCCCUCACAGACCCUGGAAAGAAAACGGGGCGUCCAUUUUUGGGUCCAAUCACAUUCCAUCUUAACACUUAGUCGUGGUCCAGUCUUGUUUUGAGCUCACACGGGACAAAAAAAAGAGGAAGCGUCAAAACGUUCACCAAAGUUUAGAAUCCGUAGACUUUGCGCGUCUGUAUUGUUUAUAGCUCUGCGGGAAGCGAAAUCUCGAAGUCCAGGUCGACCCAGUAGCACAAACACCGGGAAGGAACAGAGGACAAUGAGACGGACAUGUCUUGGACUGAACGCUCCAGUUAUUAAACACGUUGCCAAAAUUAGAGACAAGAGGAAUACCGCAGAAAUAUUAACGAUUGGGUUUCUGUCUCCUUGCAUACCCAACCACGAGGAAGAGUUCUCAGCCGGACCAAAAUAACAAAAAGUGUUUUAUUUUUUUUGAUAGUUUCUAUAUGUGUCAGUAUUAAUUUGUCGUAUUGCGAUGCUGUCCGGACAGAGAUUGCGCCGUUUUGUACGUUUUCAUAUGAAGGUUUAUUGAAGUCAAACUGUGCUUAGAUAGUCUCUCCGCUUCUUUCAAGAUCACGGCUGGUUACGGCUUGUUCUUACCACAAUGUCCAUAGCUGAAAACGCCGUUUUUGAUCACCAGAUCAAAAUAGAUGUCAGAGUCUCGCCCUUUUCAGUUGAAAGAGAUGUACCUCAGUCAAACUGAGAGUGUGAGUGAGAGACGCAAAUGAAAGCGGCCGUUGGCUUCUCAACGGUGACACGCUUGUGGUGAAAACGAGGUGCCGUUUUAUCACUUCUAUUAAGAUAAAAGACAUCAGACGCUUCUUGUCUCGGUUUGUUUGUACGUGAAUGGUUUUUCAUAAAGUUUUGCCUUAAUAUAGCACACCGUCUUUAUGAACAUGCUGUGUUUUCUCAAGGUUGACUGAAACUGAAAUGUCACUCAACCGGGCCUCAAACGGUUUAGACUGAACCGAAAGCCAUAAAGCGAGGCCGUUUAACCUUGAGACAGACGUGGCCAAGUUAGCAUGGCCAUGCAUCUGGAUUGGCAAAGAACGUGAGAUGGAUAUCGCAGCAGAAACCAAGGAUCUGUCGGGCUGCGUUCGAGUUCGAGAUGGUUUGCGAAAGUGUUAAUGUUAGUGGCUGAUGUAAGGUUAAGAUAGGCGGAAGACCAGAUCAUGCUGAGACUUUAGGCAGCUUUAAAGAUGAUGGCGUGUGCUAUGACUGGCCAACAAACGUCACAAGAUCCAACAUGGGAGUAAGUUUCACAAUGGCUCAGAUAAAUGCAGUAUUUUGCAUUGAAUGAGUAGACUGAAUGGAGGUCAGAUUCAAUUUGUGUGUUCUUCAGCCCAGCAUUUCACUGUGUGGGAAGUGUCUCGUACACAAGACCUUGUGGGAAAAGCCAAAGUAAAGAACGUAUUGUUUCUAAGAAAACAAACCGUAUUGUUUACAGUGGCAGAACGCUACCCAUCCUGAUUGGUGUAGCUUCGGAAUUGUCUAUUUUUACAGAUAACAUUUCAUAAAACGGCUAGAUUAAAUGAUAAACUGGGAACACAUUCAUGAGAGCUCAGAAUAGAAGUGUUUAAUUCAGAGAUGAGCUGGUUUCAGUCGCAAUCGUCCUGCCGUGAACAACAACAAAAGUGCUGCAUCACCCAGUUUAUAGUGUUAAAAAAAACGAAAGCACAACCGAAAGCCAGCGGCAUGUUACAUGACUUUUAUUUUGUAUUUUUAUUUGACAAGGUCCAAAUCAUGAUGCAGUCUUUGUCCUGAUUGUAAAAGUGAUGCAUUGUGUGUGAAAAUGAACUUUUGACAGAUACAUGCAUGUUCAUAUUGACGAGUGUUGUUUUUAUUUCCCCACAAUUUUGCCUUAUUUUGUAUGUUUUGUAUUUCUGUAUUUGUUUUGU